AUGUCGACGAAACCGUUCUUGCUGUACACGGCUCCGACGCCGAAUGGGCUCAAGGUGUCGGUGUUGCUGGAGGAGCUGAGGGCUGUAUAUGGGUCUGCUGUGGAUUACGACGUCCACAAAAUCGACUUCUCCAAAAACACCCAAAAAGAGCCGUGGUUCAUCAAGCUCAACCCCAACGGGCGCAUCCCCGUCCUCGUCGACCGCUCUCGAAACGACUUUGCCGUGUUUGAGACGGCGGCGAUUUUGUUGUACCUCGAGAGGCACUAUGAUACGGAGAAGAGGUUUGUGUUUGAUGAGGAGGGGAGGCCGGAUGAGUUUAGUGAGAUGUUGCAGUGGAUGUUCUUUGCUCAUGGAGGUGUGGGUCCUAUGCAGGGUCAAGCCGGCCACUUCAACAGGUUCGCGCCUGAGAGCAUCCCGUACGCCAAGAAACGGUAUAUCGACGAGACGAAGCGCCUCUACGGCGUGAUGGAAAAACGUCUCGCCAAUCGCGACUACCUCGCCGGUCCCGCAAGGGGCACCUACAGUAUCGCCGAUAUCAACGUCUUCCCCUGGGUCCGUCGGUACGAGUUUGCGGGUAUCGAUUCUGUGGACGAGUUUCCGAACCUCAAGGCGUGGAUCGAACGCAUCGGGAGUCGUGAAACUGUCAAGGCUGGUUUGGCCAUUCCAGCCUAA